AUGGAGCAAGAGGAACUGCUUCAGCAGCUGGUCGACCCCAGAUCGCCGGUCAACAUCGAGAGUCUUCUGGUGGGCCCCGAUGGAAAUCUUUCAUCGCAACGAUUGCAUUGUUUCAGGAUGCCAUUCAAGCUUUCGUCAUAGACUGUAAAAUACCUGUUGUGAAGCGUAUGAAAAGCGUUGAAAAUUUCAUAAACAGAUGUGAGUUGGAAAUUUUUAUGUUCAAUUUUUCUGACGUUGUUUUGUGGUUGAUUUCUUUGUGAAAACCUAGAAGCGAUUCCAAAAAGUGUCGAGGAGAGCAGAAAACUAAUGCAUGCGGUGUUGUGUAUUUCAGAUGAAGGAAUCGUUGAUAGUCUGACGUCGUUGCGCAUGAAAGCAGCAGAUUUCCGUCAGUUGAAAGUGAUCGGAAGGGGCGCGUUCGGAGAGGUCCAUCUCGUGCGACACACCAACACGAACACUGUCUACGCGAUGAAAAUGCUCAACAAGGACGACAUGGUCUGUGUUGUGUUGCUCUGUUACUUUUGUUUGUCCAAGAUGUUUGUCAUUGCUUUUCCCCUCUAUUUUUUUCCUGAUUACAUUCUCUUUUUCCAGAUAAAGCGAGCAGACUCAGCCUUCUUCUGGGAAGAACGGGAUAUCAUGGCUCACGCGGACAGCGAUUGGAUUGUCCGACUGCAGUACGCGUUCCAGGAUCCACGCCAUCUGUACAUGGUUAUGGAGUACAUGCCCGGAGGAGACCUCGUCAAUCUGAUGACUUCGUACGAAGUAUCAGAAAAAUGGACUCGUUUCUACACUGCAGAGCUCGUCGAAGCACUCGCCGCUUUGCACAACAUGGGAUACAUCCACAGGGACGUGAAGCCGGACAACAUGCUCAUAUCCAGAAGUGGACACAUCAAAUUGGCAGACUUUGGAACGUGUGUCAGAAUGAAUGCGAACGGAGUGGUCAAAUGCUCGACGGCAGUCGGAACACCCGAUUACAUAUCGCCGGAAGUGCUCAAAAAUCAGGGAAAAGACGCAGAGUUUGGAAAAGAAGUGGAUUGGUGGUCCGUCGGAGUGUUCAUCUACGAGAUGCUCAUCGGUGAGACACCUUUCUACGCAGAAGCCCUCGUCUCGACGUACACGAACAUCAUGGACCACAAGACGAGUCUCAAAUUCCCCGAUGAACCUGCAAUUUCCCCACAAGCCAAGGACAUCAUCAAGAGAUUCCUGUCAGCGGCUCCAGAAAGACUCGGAAAGAACAGCGUCGAUGAAAUUCGGAAUCAAAAAUUCUUUGUCAAUAAUGAAUGGAAUUUCGAGACACUGAGAGAUGGUAGGCUCAUUCACUUCUGAAUAUCCAACUUUUCUGUUCUGUUUUCAGCUACACCGCCAGUUGUUCCGGAUCUGAAGUCUGACGACGACACCACUCAUUUCGAGGAGAUCGAGACUAGAGACCGAGAUCACGCCGGAGACUUCCAGCUGCCGAAGACGUUCAACGGAAACCAGCUUCCGUUUAUUGGAUUCACCUACUCAAAUGAAUACAGUCCCGUUCAGAACUUGCUCAAACGCGUUGUUCAGAACGGAGUCGAACCGAAAGCGGUGGCAAUUGAGCAGCCAACGAUGAACGAUAUUCCCAGAGAAGAGCUGAAUAACGCACUGAUGGAGAUCAGUGCGAAGAACCGAGAUCUCGAACUGCUCAAAGAGAGGAUCGACAGAUCUGACAUCCGAGCACAAAUGAUUGAAAGCGAGAAAAACUCGUAAGUCUCUCUACACCAUAACUUCAACAAGUAUAAAAUGUUUUUUUAGACUAUCGGUGAAAAUCGGAGAACUCGAAAGAGAAUUAAGAGAAAACAAGGACAAACUGAGAAUCGGAGCAGAUUCGGAUACGAAAGUGAACGAAUUGACGGUCGAGCUGCGAAUGUCGAAAGAGUACAACAAGGGAAUGGAAGAAGAACUGAGCAAGUUCCGUGACCGAUGCGAGCAGCUGAAAGAAGAUCUUAGGAAGAAAUCAGGCGAAUUGGCACAAGAGAAGAACGAGACGCAAAGAGUGUUCCAACAGAAGAAAGAUGCCGACGAGGCAUUCGCCGAGAUCAAGAGGGAGUACGAACUGUUGCAGACCGUGGAGGCUGAAAAGUCGAUGCAGUUGAAAAAGGCGCUGGACGAACGGAAAGAGAACGGAGCGUUCCAGCAGAGUGUGGCUAAAGCUACCGAUGCGGAAUGGGAACGGAAGAUGCAGUACUACGAGAAGCAGUUAGAACAGGCUCACGACGAACGGAAAAGGGAGGAACAGAAACGGACGGCCGCCGAGUUCGAUCAGAGCAGAGUGGCCAGGAAGUUAGCAGGUAUUGAGACGAACUACGAGUUGCUGCAGAACGACUACAAGAACAUGAAAGAGGCACGGAAAGAGCUGGAAAGAGAUCUGCAGGACGUGGUGGCUGAGAAACGGCGACUCGAAAUCCGCGUGGAACAGUUGAUGGACAGCCGAAACACGGACGAACGAGUCCUUUCCUUGUGCCAAGACGAGUUGAUGGAAAGUCAUGAAGAAGCGAAAUACAAGGAGGACGGGCUCAGAGGGAAGAUUGACGGAAUACGCCUCGAGUUGGAUAACGAGAGAAUGAAGACGCAGAACCUGGAAGAGAACCUGCUUGUGGCGGACAAAGAGAGAGGAAUGCUCAAAAUGGAAGUACAGGAGCUGAUGAACCGACACAAAAAGGAGAUCUUGAACAAGGAUCAGACACUGAAACAUCUCGAGGUUCAAUUGGAUGAGAUCAGAGAGCAGUCACGAAUUGAGUCAUCCGAACAGGAAUCGAACGACAAAAAGACGAUUGCUGACUUGAAUAAGAAGUUGAGUCUAGAGACAGCGCAUAAAAAGGCGGUGAUAAACAAGUUGGAAGAGGAAAUGGCAAAGAGGCAGCCACUCAAAAAGGGCGAGAAGGGAGUGACCAAAUCAGCACUUAUCAAAAAGGAUCGCGAGAUUGUGAGUUAAACGAAUGAAACAGAAGUAAAUAUGUAAUCUUUCAGAUGAGUAUGCAACAAGAGAAUGAUGGUUUGAAGAAGAGGAUUGCCUCCUUGUACAACGAGAUCGAAAAGGUAUAGUUCGAGUUCAUCAGUCUUUACCUUCUAUGUUUUCAGCAAGCCGAACAUUACAACAUGCAAAUGCAAGAAAUGCAAUCGACUUGCGAAGCGAUGCGAGACGAGCUGAAGGAGUUCCGUGAGUAUCCGAACAGAAACGGAGAGAUGCGCUACGAGGACAAGAGGUCUCUAGACUCCCGCGAGGGCAUUCCACCCUCUCUGAUGCAUCAGAACAUGCAAGGAUGGCUCUCUAUCAGAGAGACGAGCAAGAAAUCGCGAAAGGCCAAGGUUUACUGACUGCCAGAAUCUGAAUUAUAAUUAUCUGUUUCCAGUGGGUCAGCAAUUUUGUCGUUCUCAACGAGUACGCGUUCGUCAUCUGUACCGACGAUAAAAUGGGAACCACCAUCCUGAACAUCGAAGCCGGAGCCAUGGCUCACGUUCGUCAUGUGACUGCCGCCGACUUGAGGAACGUCGAAGACAAUGAACUUCCGAAGAUAUUCCAUGUGAGCACGAUUCUCUAAAACUAUUCUGAAUCUGGGUGUCUUGCAGAUCAUGUACGACGACCUGUCCUCAAGCAGUUCUCGCCACGCUUCCAACUCGGAUCUCUCCAUGAUUGAGUCGCACCGCGAGGAGAGCUGGAAGCGACACGACUUUCAAGAGCUCACUUAUCACAUGCGGACGCACUGCGAUGAUUGCGGAAAGAAGCUUUCCGAUAUGAUUCGACCAACACCAGCAUAUGAAUGCAAGAACUGUCACUUCAAGACACACAAGGAGCAUGUUGUCAAGGGAACCACUCCGAUAUGCAGAUGUGAGCUUUUGAAAUGAAGGAAGAGAAACGAGAUGAUCCUUUUUCAGACACUGGCCUUUCGCGCGAGCUUGUGCUGAUGGCUACUCAGCCGGAAGUGUGUGCUCGAUGGGUCUCUCAACUCCGUCGAUUCAUCGAAUCUUCGCGUCCAGCAGCCGUCUCCGUCUCUCGUGUCUCUUCCCGCAGACAUGCCGGCGGCCCUGGCUCAUCAACCUCCUCAUCUGUUCAUCAGUAA